UGUCACCCAAAACAACCAACAGCGCGUGCGCAUCGUAGAUCCUUCAACUUCUCAAGCCGGCAUUAUUCUUCCACGACGAAUCUUCCCAGGUCGUGCGAACCGGUCAUUGAAAUUCGACAACAUUCUCCGACGUCAUCAGGUCAUCUGGUACGUCCCUUAAUAACAACGCCAUCUCUCAGCGCCUCUAGGUUUCAAUUAUCCCAUUACCCCGCUAACCACUGGAAUGGGCAGCCAUCGACGACGGUGUUCAACAACGAACCUCUUUCAGUGUGCGAUUCGAUAAAACCCACCGCCCAGCAUGGAUAGAGUUGCGGGUCUUACAGUUAACCAGAAGGCGGCUAGGAACCAGUUCCGGGCGCGCACCGUCAAGGGAGCGAACAACGGUGUCGCGCUGCGGCAAUACGCCGAGGCGACACUCGGAGGAGGCAGCCUGCGCAAAGUCGUGAAGCUGCCUGAGGGGGAAGACGAGAACGAGUGGAUGGCAGUCAAUAUGGUCGACUUUUACAACCAGAUCAACCUCCUCUACGGCGCUAUUACCGAGUUCUGCUCGCCUCAGUCUUGCCCGGAGAUGAAGGCGACUGACGAGUUCGAGUACCUGUGGCAGGACAAUGAGAACUACAAGAGACCCACCAAGAUGGCAGCUCCGGACUACAUCGAGCACCUGAUGGCCUGGGUGCAGAGACACAUUGACGACGAGCAGAUCCUGCCGAGCAGGAUUGGCGUACCCUUCCCCAAGUCGUUUCCGUCGACUGUGCGACAAAUCUUCAAGCGCAUGUAUCGAGUCUACGCCCACGUUUACUGCCACCACUAUGCCGUCAUCAGAGAACUCGGCCUGGAGCCCCACCUCAACACGAGCUUCAAGCAGUACGUGCUCUUCGUUGACGAGCACAAGCUCGCAAGUGGGAAGGACUUUUAUGGCCCGCUGAACGAUCUUGCCGAGAAGAUGAUUGAAAGCGAUUGAGCCAGACCAAGACCGGCUCUCGAGAUGUACUUGUAUGCAUUGUCUGGGCGUUUGGGAAACAGGGAUGGCACGCCAAUCGGCGAGGGAGUCAGAAAGGUCUGAUGACUGGCGCGUUGACUUUGACACCGCUGAGCCUGGGGACACAGGCAGGGACGCGGUUGCUGUGAUAUUGCUGUAGAUUACACAUAGGGUUAUGGGAAACACGGCUUUGGGUUGAAAUGAAACAUUGACAAUGGUCGUUUUGCAGUGUAAACCAGGUGCACGCGUAUACAAUUCCAUGCCAACGACGGCAUGCAAGACG